AACAGCAGAAACUUAAGCUGUGGAUAUAUGAGCGCAUUCUUUCGCUCCGCCCAGACUUUACUAUGAGAACAGGUUGGUGCAGAAGACAAUUCAGUUCGUAACUCCACGUUAGACCUGUGUUCAGUCUCCUCUCAGCUGAAGCAAUGAUGCUCGCGUAUCUGGCACUGCUGGUUGCGCUGUGCUUACCUGGAUAUCUGGAUGCGCUUCACGGAUUCGCCUUCGAUCAGCCCGAGCUCUUUCAGAAAAAGAGCAACUGCAAACCCAUACCUGCAAACCUGCUCCUGUGCCAUGACAUCGAGUACACGGACAUGCGUCUGCCUAACCUCCUCGGACACGAAACCAUGAACGAGGUUCUGCAACAGGCAUCCUCCUGGACCCCUCUGGUCCAGAAACAGUGUCAUAAGGACACCAAGAAGUUUCUCUGCUCUCUUUUCGCUCCGGUGUGUCUGGAUGAUGUGGACGAGCCGAUUCAGCCGUGCAGGUCGCUGUGUGAGAGCGUGAAGAGCGGCUGCGCUCCAGUGAUGGCCGCAUUUGGGUUCCCUUGGCCGGACAUGCUGAACUGCAGUCGCUUCCCUUUGGAUAAUGACCUGUGCAUACCACCUGCUGGCGCAGAUGCUUUAGUGCCAGUCACCAAGGAAGUUCCAAGAGUGUGUGAGGCCUGCAAAGAAAAGCCUGAGAAUGACAAUGAAAUUGUGGACAGCUUGUGCAAAAAUGACUUUGCUUUAAAGAUCAAAGUCAAGGAGAUCUCCUACAUGAAUGGCGACACCAAGAUCAUUCCAGAAACCAAGAGCAAGACUAUCUACAAGCUGAAUGGUGGCGUUACUGAUCGUGACUUCAGGAAGAUUGUUCUUUGGCUGAAAGAUGGUCUUCAGUGUGUGUGUGAUGAAAUGAAUGACAUCAAUGCUGCUUAUCUGGUGAUGGGCCAGAAGAUGGAUGGAAAUUUGGUCAUCACGUCAUUGAAGCGCUGGCAGAAGGGUCAGCGGGAGUUUAAGAGAAUUUCUCGCAGUAUUCGCAAACUUCAGUGCUAGGAUUUUCCACUGAUGAGAGCACUCAAAUGGUCUUGAAAACCAAGACUUGUUCAUAGAUAAAUGGUUCACGUAAAACUCUAAUAUCUGCUUUUCCUGGCCAGUCAGAGCUCAGGAUUGGUGGAGCAGUCAUUUGUAACUGUCAAAAAGCACCCAACCUAGAUUCAGCACAGUUACACCUUUUCAUUUUCCCUCAUGAUUUUUGCAGUUUACUUUACUUGUCACAUUUGCUAUUCACAGAACUCAUUCGCUCAUUCCUCUCUUUUUACAUAAUUAACUAUAGAGCCUCAAAACUGUCACAGAACAAAUUUCUGACAGCUGUUUUAUAGCUUCUAGCAUAAAAUUAAGAAGCAAAGUCUGUCCAUUUUCAGUUUUAUUUUUUGUAAUUGGAUUAAAUGAAUGAGAUAUUACAUUAUACGACCAGAAGUAUGUGGACACCUCUUCUAGUCCCCUUCUAGCCCCUAACAAGUUCUGCCAUUAUUUCCAAAGAAGACAAACUUAAAAAGGGAUAUUUCACUCAAAAAUAAGACUUCUGUUGUCAUUUACUGACCCUAAUGUCAUUCCAAAUGCAUAAGACUUUCGUUCAUCUUUUGAAACACAAAUGAAGAUAUUUUUUAUGAAAUGUGACAGACUUCUGUCUCUUCAUUAAAGUCCAUUGCAUGAUUCAAAUGAAUUGAACAAUUUAAUCCAAGUCUUCUGAAGACCCAGUGCUUCAUAUGAUGAACAGAUUUAAUUUAAGAUAAACAUUCAUCAAUGCAUAUGCAUAGACCACAUAAAAUAUGGUAAACGAAAGCUCAAACAUUCCUGCUUGGACUUGGAUUAAACCGCUUUAUUCAUAUGGAUUACUUUUAUAAUGUCUUUAUUAACUCUUUGAAGCAUCAAAGAUUUGUUUGAAUGGACAGAAAUUGGAAGGACAGAAAUCGCUAAUAUCUUCAUUUGUUUCAAAGGUGAAGAAAAGUCAGAUUUGGAAUUUUUCAUUACAUUUUGUGUGAACCAUCCCUUUAAUGCUAUUAUACAAUGUCAUUGUAGAGAAUUCAGUGUCUUGUUUCAGCAGUUUGAGGAGGGUCCAUUUCUGUUUCUUAAUGACAAUACUCCCGCAAACAAAGCAAUGUCCAAAUAUAAUUGAUUUAUUGAGUCUGAUGUGGAAGAAUUUGACAUGGCCUGCCUAAAACCCGGACAUGAACACUUUUAAAUGUCUUUAUGAUGACGUCUGUUGGUUAAAAUCACACAAUUUUGUAGAAUGCAUAUAUUACAUAUAUUAUGAAAAUAUAGUGCAUGUGAGAAGUUGAAAUGGUAGGUAUGAGAAUUUCAAGGACGUUUUUUUUAGCAAUGCAUGGUCUGUGUGGAUUUGAAUCUGCCACAGUAAAUAAGUAAGAGUGCUUGUGUGAGUAGUUUUGCUUUAAGUACUUCUUUCAGUACAAUGAGAUAGCUGGCUCUAUUCUCAGUGUUUAAAUCCCAUAUGACACUAGCCUCUGAAGUAUGAUCAUGUAUGUUAAUGUGAAUGUUCUCAUUUCUCCCCAGACAAUGAUGAGUAGGCCAACAAAUUUAUGGUUUCUUUAGCCCAGGGUUUUUGUCUUCUUUCUACUUGAGCCUAAAUACUGCACUGUUCCUGUAUUAUAUUCUUUAAAUUACAACCUGCAGUUUUAUAUAGUAUUGGUUUAUUUUCUUUCUGUGUCAGUUACAUUAAUAAUGUUGUACUGUAUGGGUCUGUGUCUUGUUAUGCUCGCAAAAUUGUUUGCUGUUUUCUUUUAGCUCAUGAAUACCCAGUUUUCGAGUAAAAUCACAUGCUGGUAAAACCACAGAGGCAUGCUUCUCUAUGUGCUUCACCGUUAGAGCAAUGUUGAUUCAAUUUUAUUGUGCUGUUGGUCAGUGGGAAAUGUCUAAAGAUAAUAUCCAAACUUUUGUGAUACUCUGUAAAUAUUCAAUAUUUUUAUGCUUGUACAUAGUUUCAAAACCUGUUGCAUUUCAUUUGUUCGUCACAGUAGCAAUAUGUUGUCAUUUCAUUACUGUUUAAUGCAUUUAUUUACACCCACCGCCAAGCAAUGUAAUUUGAUCAUUGAUGAUUUGUGUCAUUUUUCUUCAGCAAUCAUCCAGUACAAAAUAAGA